AUGGAGGCGCUAAGGGACUCUUUUCUGAAUUUGAAUUUUCAGAUGUCAUCCUACAAGAGAGCCACACUGGAUGAGGAAGACCUGGUGGACUCCGGUGGUGAUGACAUCUACCAGUCUUCACCCAUGCAGGUGACUCUCCGGAAUGGCCGCAACUUCUUGUGCUGGCCUGAGAAAACUGCGACGGAGAGGAGGCUUCUGUUUCUGGUCUGCUUGUUGUCUGCAGGCCUGUUCGUAUCGCUCAUCACCACCGCCGUCUUCUACCGCCAGACACACCCGGGUGUUUGCCUGACAGAACCGUGUAUCACAGUAGCCAGUGCCAUCAUGUCAGCCCUGGACCGCUCCAUUGACCCUUGUCACGAUUUCUACAACUAUGCUUGCGGGGGAUGGAUAAAGAGCAACCCCUUGCCUGAAGGCAAGUCCCGCUGGGGUCCUUUUAGCACCCUGUGGGAGCACAACAUGCUUGUGAUGAAGCAUUUAUUAGAAAACAAGACAAUGAAAGGUCUGAGUCAAGCUGAGGAGAAGGCCCAGCGGUACUAUCAGGCCUGUAUGAAUGAGGAAAAAAUUGAGGAAUUGGGGGCAAAACCAUUGCAAGAACUCAUCACACAGCUUGGAGGUUGGGCCUUGACCGGACCAUGGGCUAAAGAUAAUUUCCAGGAAGUCCUCCGAGCGGUGUCUGCAAACUACCGCGCCUCCCCAUUCUUCACUGUGUUCGUCAGUACCGACUCAAAGAACUCCUCCAGUAACAUCAUUCAGGUGGAUCAGUCCAGCCUGGGACUCCCUUCUCGGGAUUACUACCUCAACAAAACCGCCAAUGAAAAGUAUCUCACGGCAUACCAGAACUUCCUGGUGGAGGUAGGAGUCCUGCUGGGUGGGUCCGAGAAAACGUCUAAGCAGCUCAUGGGGGAAAUAGUGGAGUUUGAAACGGCCCUGGCCAACAUCACUGUGCCCCUAGAGGAGAGACGUGAUGAGGAGCUCAUCUACCACAAGAUGGAGGCCAAAGACCUAAAGAGUUUGGCUCCCGCAGUAGACUGGAUGCCCUACCUCAAUGAGGUGUUCGCCCCUGUGCCGCUCAACGAGUCCGAACCGGUGGUGGUCUACGCCAAAGAGUACCUCCAAAAAGUGUCGGAUCUCAUAACAAGCACAAAUAAAAGCCUUCUCAACAACUACAUGAUCAUGAAAGUGGUAAGGAAGAUGGUAUCCAUCUUGGACCAGAGGUUUCAGGAUGCCGAGCAGCGGUUUUUAGAGGUCAUGUAUGGAACUAAAAAAAGCUGUACUCCUCGCUGGAAGUUGUGCGUCAGCGACACAGACAGCGGCCUAGGCUUCGCUCUGGGCGCCAUGUUCGUUAAGGCCACCUUCGCCGAGGACAGCAAGGCCAUCGCUGAGGACAUGGUUGGUGACAUCAAAAGGGCGUUUGAGGAAGGGUUGAAGUACGUCAGUUGGAUGGACGCUGACACCAAAAAGGCUGCGAAAGAGAAGGCAGAUGCAAUUUACAACAUGGUAGGCUAUCCGGAGUUCAUCAUGAAUGGCACAAAGCUGGACAAAGUAUUCACUGAUUUCGAGGUGGUGUCGGAUCUGUACUUCCAGAAUGUCAUGCAGUACUACAACUUCUCCGCCAGGGUGAUGGCCGACCAGCUAAGAAAAACGCCAAACAGGAACCAAUGGAGCAUGACCCCUCCGACUGUAAAUGCGUAUUACAACCCUACGAAAAACGAGAUGGUUUUACCAGCGGGAAUUCUCCAAAUACCGUUUUACAGCCGUCUCUGGCCCAAAGCCCUCAACUUUGGUGGAAUCGGGGUAGUCAUGGGGCAUGAACUGACUCAUGCUUUUGAUGACCAGGGGAGAGAAUACGACAAAGAGGGCAAUCUGCGUUCUUGGUGGAAGAACUCAUCCGUAGAGGCCUUUAAGAAGCAGGCGCAGUGCAUGGUGGAGCAGUACGGAAACUACAGCAUAAAUCAGGAGCCCCUGAAUGGUCGUCACACGCUAGGAGAGAACAUCGCCGACAACGGUGGGCUGAAGUCUGCUUAUGAGGCUUACGUGAACUGGAUAGCAAAGAAUGGCGAGGAAGCCACGCUGCCAGCACUGGGAAUGACCAACCACCAGCUGUUUUUUGUGGGAUUUGCACAGGUGUGGUGUGCAGUGAGGACACCAGAGAGCUCGCACGAGGGCGUCAUCACCGACCCGCACAGCCCGUCCAGAUUCAGAGUCAUUGGGACUGUCUCAAACUCUCACGAGUUCUCCAAGCACUUUGGCUGUCAAGCAGACACACCCAUGAACCCCAAACACAAGUGCGAACUUUGGUAA